AUGUCUCCCGCCACGAAGAGACGGAAGGUUGAGCACGUAUCCUCAAGCGACGAAGAUGACGAUGCUUCGUUUGCCUCCUUUGAUGAAGAGGAAGAGGAAGAAGAGGAGGUGAAUUCUGGCGCUGAAAACGACGACGAGGAUGAGGACGAUAUCGAAGACGAUGACGACGAAGACGAAGACGACGAUGAAGACGAUCAUACAGAGGCAGCGCCACAGCCAGCGAGUGCAACACCGAAACCCACAGCCGUCAUAAAAGAGGGCGCUUCCAGGAAAGAGAAGAGUCGCACAUCGUCCAGCAAAUCUCAAGUGGGCGCUACUGCAUAUGCCAACGGAACAUUCAAGAGCAACGUCUUCAAGCUGCAGGUCGACGAGCUGUUGGGUCAGAUCCGGCCUCGGCAGGGCCAGCGCGAGGCGUCCGCGGGAGAAGCUCUGCGAAAGCUGAAGCAUACCAUCGAGCAGAUACCGGCAAGAGGACCACAUCUUGUCAGCGAUGCCGAGAGAGACUUGAUCAAGCAAAAGGUGGCCAUUCCCUUUCCGGAUCCGCGUCCGCCAAAGGACGCCAAAUACAAGUUCAGCUAUGCGAAACCUGCCAAUGUCAACGUGGUUGGCAGCUUCAUGCUCAAGACGUCCACCAGAUCGCGAGACGUUGUAGAGGUCGACAUGGUUGUGACGAUGCCCAGCUCCAUCUUUGAAGAGAAAGACUAUCUGAACUACCGCUACUUCUAUAAGCGUGCAUACUAUCUGGCCUGCCUGGCCGCCGGCCUUCAAAAGUCUCACAAAGCAGAGUUCAAUAUCACCUUCGCGCUCUUCCGCAACGAUCCGUUCAAGCCGGUCUUGGUCAUCAGCCCCUUGGAUCACUCGCUGCCUGCCUCGCAGUGGAGAAUCAACAUCAUACCAUGCGUCAGGAACAACCAAUUCGCAGCGGGCAAACUUGGUCUGGACAAGAACUGUGUGCGAAGUGCUGAUGAUGCCGGAGAUGACGGCGGCGCAGCCACCUCCUUCUACAACUCGUCACUGCGAUCAGACAUGCUCACCACCGCCUAUCUCGAGCUUGUGCAUUCCGCCUCAAAAAGCUGCGAAGGAUUCAAGGACGCCUGUCUUUUGGGGAGUACUUGGCUGCGACAGCGUGGCUUUGCUUCUUCAACAGACGCCGGCGGCUUUGGUAAUUUCGCAUGGUCUGUCUUGAUCGCAUUGUGUCUGCAAGGCGGCGGUUCCAACGGGAGGUCGCUGCUCAGUGAGGGUUACAGCAGCUAUCAAUUGUUCAAAGCAACACUUCAGCUCUUGGCAAUGAAGGAUUUCGUGAAGCAACCUCUGAUCGUAGGCAGCGAUACUGGUAUCGCCAAGUUGGCGGGUGUGCCAGUACUAUGGGACACUGAACGAGCACAUAAUAUACUGUACAAAGUCGGAGAAUGGUCGUACAAGACUUUGCGCCAUGAAGCCAGAUCCACUCUGGCUGCUCUUGGUGACCAGCUUCAUGAUGGCUUCGACGCGACUUUCAUCUUGAGAGUGCAUGAGCCACUAUACCGUAACGACUAUGCGGUACAGAUGUCAUCGAGCUUACUUUCUGCUCGUGGCAGCAGGGCUGACCCUCGAGGUCAACUGCACAUUGCCAGGCUAUAUACGGUGAUGAAGCAGGGAUUGGGAGACCGCGUCAACCAUCUCAGUAUCAUCGCUAGCCCUUCCAGUGCUUGGGAUCUCGGCUCAGCACAGCCGCGCAACGACUCGACAGGCCUCGUCACUAUCGGACUCAUGGUCAAUUCAGAAAACUUCAGGCGAACUGUGGAUCAUGGCCCUUCUGCCGAGCAAAAGGCUGAAGGUGCCGCUUUUCGCAAAUUUUGGGGCGACAAGGCCGAAUUGCGUCGCUUCAAAGAUGGCAGCAUUCUCGAGAGUCUGGUGUGGGCGUCGCCUUCAGAGUGUGGACAGUCGGUGCUUGAGCAAGUAAUUCGGUAUCUGCUUGGACACCACUUUGGUGCAGUAACCACAGACGACCUCAAACUUUCUGGAGAUGGAUUCGGCAAGCUCAUCAGAGGUGGCACUGACAUUUCACCCUUCAGCCAGAUCAACUCGAAGUACAAGCGAUUUGAACAGGACAUACGAGGUCUUUCGCAGCUGCCUCUAUCUAUCCGACAGAUCAUGCCGUGCAAUGCGCAAUUAUGCUAUAGCUCUCUGUGCACACCGCCCAAUGGAGCAGGACGACCCACGCCGGCGGACGUCACGAUACAAUUUGAAGGUUCCGGAAGGUGGCCUGAUGAUCUUGCUGCGAUUCAACGUACCAAGAUUGCAUUCCUACUCAUGAUCGACAAACUCCUCCGUGACAGCGUGCAGUCGAUCACGUGCCGCGUGGGCCUGGAGAACGACGGACAAGACAUACUCAACCAAGGAUUCCUCGACGUCACAUAUUCCAACGAAGCCACAUUCCGUCUUCGCAUCUACCACGAUCGCGAACUACAUCUCCUCAAGACCCAAAUGAAGAACAAGACAACGGACCCUCGAUCGCGAGAGCUAGCGACCACCGGCCUGGCCAAAUACAAGCGCGACUACGAAAAGGGCCCAUCCCAGACUCAAGCCCUCACCCGUCUCUGCACACGCUUCCCGGCCCUCUCAGGCUCCAUUCGUCUCACCAAGAAGUGGUUCGCUUCCCACUUACUGACCAAUCACAUCCCGGACCAAUUGAUUGAACUCUUCGUAAUCCGCGCCUUUGUACAGCCCGCACCUUGGACCACCCCUUCUUCGAUUCAAACCGGUUUUCUCCGGACCCUCUUCUUUCUCUCUCGCUGGGACUGGCGCGCCGAACCUCUGAUUGUUGAUCUUUCCGCUUCCGGAGGUGAACUGAAGCAGUCCAACAUGAACACGAUCCGAGCGAAUUUCGAAGCUUGGAGGCAACUCGAUCCUGCGAUGAAUCGUGUCGCGCUUUUUGCGGCUUCGAACCUGGAUCCCGAAGGUACGACGUGGACGGAUUACGGGAAACCUGCAAAGGUCGUUGUGGGGAGAAUGAUCGGUUUAGCUCGAGCUGCUUGUGGGGAAGUGACUGCAAACUCACUGAAUCUGGAGCCUGCAACUUUGUUCGGGAGUCCAUUGGAAGAUUUCGAUUUCGUGCUUCAUUUGACAUCUUCUGCUUCAUCGUCCUUGUCAUCUGCACGGAGGAAGAUGAUGAUGAUGCAGAAGAAGAAGAAGGACGGCGGUGUUGGAUCCGACGAAAAGUACAAGAAUCUUUCCGAAGAGCUUUCUUCGUUGAACGAUGAUACCGACCCCUCUCUCAUCGGCUACGAUCCUGUGCUGGAUUUCCUCUCCGAUUUAGAACACAUUUACAGCUCCGCAAUCCUAUUCUUCUACGGCGGAGGAGCAGCCGAAGGAGGAGGCGGAACCACAACGGCAGGGAGUAUUCAUCCCAAUGUCAUUGCCGGUCUUUGGAACCCUGAAGUGACGAGGAAGAGGAGUUGGAAGGUGAAUUUGGCUUGUUCGACUAUACCUAUUGUUGCUUCUGGCGAAGAGGGAGAGGGAGAUGAUGUCCAAACAUCUGUGAAUAAAUCUGCUGUCUUGGCGGAGAUUGCGAGGUCAGGAGGGGAUCUUGUCGAGAGGAUUGUUGAGAAGUAAAUAGAAAAGCG